UGGUAUGUCUUCAACAACGUCAAUGUCAUCUCUGAUGGCACAGAUCUUGUCGGCAAAGUCUUCCUUGGUCGUCCUUGGAGAGUUAACGCAAGAGUCAUGUUCCAGAAAUCUCAACUCUCAAACGUUGUCAAUGCCGCCGGUUGGACUGAGAUGGCUGAUGGUGCCACUCCCAGAUACUACGAGUACAAGAACUCUGGUGAUGGCUCCAACACUUCCGAGCGCAAAUGGACAAUCAAUGCCUCCGCCGCCAUCAGCAUCAACACCGUGCUUGGAGACAGCUACAGUUCUUGGGUUGAUCAAUCUGGUACCGGCUCCAGCUCUUCUUCCACUUCAACAACCGUCUCAAAGACCGCCGCUGCAAAGCAAGUCACCCCUGCUAAAUCUGCAGUCGCCCCUGCUAAAUCUGCAGUCGCCAAAGGUCCUGUUUGCACUCCUACUGCCGGAGGUGCUGCUACCAAGGAUGAUACCCCGGCCAUCUAUGCUGCCAUUCAGAAGUGUGGAAACGGUGGAACAAUCGUGAUCCCUGCUAGCAAGACUUACUAUCUCAACACUGUCCUCGAGUUUGACGGGUGCAAGUCGUGCGUCUUCCAGCUUGACGGUACCCUAAAGGCCUCUGAUGAUCUCACCUACUGGGAAGGCAAGACUGCUAUCCUCCACCUGAAGAGUGUUCCUGGUCUCACCUUCACUGGAGCUGGAGUCAUCGAUGGAAACGGUCAAAAGGCUUGGGAUCACUUCGCUACCGAUAGCUCCUACAAGCGUCCCACUCUCUUUUACAUCGAUGGUGGCAACAACAUCAAGAUGGAUGGUUGGACCAUGAUCAACCCUCCCAACGUCUUCCACUCUGUCAAGGGCAAUGCUCUCAAUAUCGCUUACUCCAAUCUCAACAUGUCUGCCGUCUCGACCUCGAAGAAUCUUCCAAAGAAUACCGAUGGAUUCGACAUUGGUGCCUCAACAUAUGUCACCCUGACCGACAUCACCGUAUUGAACGAUGAUGACUGUGUUGCCUUCAAGCCCGGCUCUAACUUCACCACUGUCAUUGGUAUCACCUGCACAGGCUCUCACGGGCUCUCCGUCGGCUCUCUCGGAAAAUCCAACGCCGACGCCGUCUCCAACAUCUACGUGUCAGAUGCCACCAUGAUCUCUUCCUCAAAGGCCGUCGGCAUCAAGACCUACCCCAUGGGCAACGGUCACGGCAUCUCCACAGUCACCAAUGUUACCUACACCAACAUCAAAGUCCAAAAUUCCGACUAUGCCAUUCAAAUUCAGAGCUGUUAUGGUGAAGAUGGCACUUACUGCGAGACCAAUGGCAACAAUGCUGUCUUGAAGGGAAUUGUAUUCGAGAACUUCUCCGGCACUACUAGCAAGAAGUAUUCGCCUACUACUGCUAAUUUAAACUGUGGAGCCAAGGGAACUUGUGAUGUCAAGGUUAAGAAUUAUGCUGUCAAGGCUGGCUCGGGGGCUGGACAGGUUCUUUGCAACAAUACUCCUGGAAGCCUGGGUGUCACUUGUACAAAGGGUGCUUCGGGGUGAGAUGGUCUCAGCAAGACAAUCAAGUUCAAGUGAGACUCUCAAGGACUGUUGUUGUUGUUGUCUCUCAGUACGUCCAAAUUCAAGAUGUCUCAGGGGCCAUCUUCGCUGGAUUCUUGCUGUUGAAAGGUGUUGCUUCCUCAU